UCUCCUCUAAAGGCCCUAAAAAAAUCUCUCGAGAAAAAAAAAACACAGAUCGGAAACCACAGCCGCCUCCACCGUCCGCCGCCGUCGUCUUUUGCCCCUGCCCCUGCCCCUGCCCCUGCCGCCAUGGGACGAGGCCGCAACCGCAAGCCGCGGAACUUCGCCACAUUCCGCCUCUGCCCGCGCCCCGGCGCCGCCGACGCCUCCGACCGCGUCUUCGUCCGCGUCGACGACAACCCCUACUACAUCCCCGGCUUCGCUGACGACGACGACGUCGACAACGAUGACUCCUCUUCCGCCGCCGCCGCCGCCGCCGGACUCCACGACGAAGACGACGACAGGAGCCCCUCGUCCCCCGCAGGAGGCGAACUCCCCGAGCACGUCCGCCGCGAGAUCGUGGAGCUCGGCCUCCCCGACGACGGCUACAACUACCUGUCCCACAUCCGCGAGAUCCGCCCGUCGUUCUCCUCCUCCGGAGGCGGCGGCUCCUCCGCGGCCUUCCUCCCCGCCCGCCGCUGUCCCCGCCCCGCGCGAUUCGGUCCCCCGCUGGACGUCAAAGCUUACGAUGCGCGCCCUGAUGUUGGGGUUGGUCCCGAUGAGGUCGUCGCGGUGACUCGGGUCGAGGAGGCCAUCAUCGACGCGGAUGUCGCCGCGCUGCUCGAGGAGGGCGACGUGCUGCCACCAGCGGACCCGGAGGAGGAUGAGGGUUUCGAGGAGGAUUUUAUUAUCGUGGCGGAUCAGCCCGAGGAGGAAGAAGAGAUGGAUUUGGAGGAGGAUUUUGUUAUCCUUGCAAACCAGAUCCAGAUUGAUGUGGAGGGCUUGCAGGAUGCUUGGAGCAAGGAUGGAGUUCCUCGGCUGCCUGAUGAGCAGGUUCGAAUGGUUUGGAAAGCUGUUAUGGGAGGAGGAACACAGAAGGUUUGGAAAGCCGUUACAGGAUCCUCCUCAGUACGCCUUGUAUAAGGUGUUGGGUAAUCUCCAUUUCGUACUGUACAGCUCAAUUCCUAAGUGAAUGGCCUGUUGCAGAUAUCUCUGUCUUCUUUGCGUUCAUAUUCUUGCUGUUCAACAUUGAAGUUAGGUAGCACAAUGAUGAGCAAACAGUCCAAGGCAUUGUAACGAGAACGGUGUAAUUUCAGACGAAUGGCGCUGACAAAUAUUAUUCACCGAGCUCUUGUAAUUUUGCCUUUGUUUGCUGCACUAGCAUACUAUUAAGGAUAGGUUCUUAUGUUUUCAGACAUCAUGAUUGCCAAGUUUGGAAUGAGCAUACUAGCACGUAUCUGAAUUGUCGUAUUUCUGCGCUGAAGAACUUUUUGAUCAUCUGGUAACAAAGUUAUCAUUGGCAGUGUUCA